GAUGGAAGGUGGCCUUUCAGUCUCACGGCUCACCUCCGCUCGUCGGCUGAGGUCUUUCUUUAGGAGUGAAGUGAAUGCUCGCUCUAUUUCCAUCCUCGGUUCCUGGUGUAGAUAGCUCGUAAGCAAAGCUUGAAUCUUUGGGCGGUGCGGUUCCGCCAACGAGUAAUUGCUGAAAUGGCGCGAGAAAUCCCCAUUUCCUGAUUUCUCGUUCGUGAAUUUGUGAUUUUUGUUUGUCUGCUCGCCGGUUCCUGCUAGAAGUUUGAAUCUUUUGUGGAGUAAUUGUUUCAAUCGAGAUGUUGCACGCCAAGUCGGAAUCCGACGUUACCAGCUUGGCCCCAUCGUCGCCGCCUCGGUCGCCGAAGAGGCAGGCCUACUACGUGCAGAGCCCGUCACGGGACUCUCAUGAUGGCGACAAGUCGACGUUGCAGGCGACCCCUGUCUUCAACAGCCCCAUGGAGUCGCCCUCGCACCCUUCCUUCGGGCGUCACUCGCGGACCUCGUCGGGGAGCCGUUUCUCCGGGCCCUUCCGGUCCUCCUCGGGCCUGAAGGGGUACAGGAAGAGGGUGAAUGAUAAGGGAUGGCCGGAGUGCAAUGUAAUUCAAGAAGAAGGGUCCUACGAUGAUCUUGAUGACGACAAGGGGCUGUCGCGCCGUUGUCAGAUCAUUCUAGGGUUUGUAAGCUUCGUCCUGCUCUUUACCCUCUUCUCUCUUAUUAUUUGGGGAGCAGCACGGCCUUAUAAACCUGACGUCGUUGUCAAGAGCUUAUUGAUGGAUGACUUUUAUGCCGGGGAGGGUACUGAUGAAACCGGUGUCCCAACUAAGAUGGUCACACUCAAUUGUUCAGUGAAGAUAAGUGUGUACAACACUGCUGCAAUGUUUGGCAUUCAUGUUACUUCAGGCCCAAUUCGUCUAAUGUUUUCGGAAAUCACAGUUGCUACUGGAGAGUUACAGAAGUAUUACCAGCCUAGAAAGAGCCAUAAGACUAUAUCAGUCGUAUUACAUGGCGAAAAGGUCCCACUGUAUGGUGCAGGAGCAGCCAUGUCUUUGUCCAGCACCGGUGGAGCAGUACCCUUAACGUUGGACUUUGACAUCAUAUCGCGUGGAUAUGUGAUCGGGAAGUUGGUCCGGGUGAAACAUAGCAAGCACAUUUCAUGCCCGCUUGUCGUCGAUUCGAGCAAAAACAAACCUAUAAAGUUUGCCCAAAGAGCUUGCACCUACUUAUGAACACCUUGCCAAAAUGGAAAUGAGCUUAAAUCGCAAAACUCAUCAUCAUCAUCACAACAAGAAGAAGACUAGGUUUUUCGCCCAUGUUGAUAGUGGUUAAAGCAAAUAAUAUUUGAUUUGUUAAGAGGUUUGCUUGAUGCUUUCGUUGUUAGCACUCCUGUUUACUGUAAUGCUUGUAAUGCUGUGUAAAAUGAAACUUCUGUUAUGAUCUCUAAAUGAACUUGUUACCAA